AUGUGUGCGAGCACCGACGACGACGAGCCAUGGGGCUCUCCUGGGAGAAUCUCCAUUUCCAAGACACUGGCAUCGGAAUGUCAUGGAACCCAUGGAACCGCGUCGGGCACCCAGAGUAUGGGAUGGGCAUUAGAUAAGGCUUCCACCGGCCAAUUCUACAACUUCUCCAACAUUCGCUACGCCGCUCCGCCGCUGGGCAAUCUGCGCUUCGCACCGCCGAGCGCACCGACGACGAGGGGGGUGCUCAACGACGGUUCCCGACGCGCCAUCUGCCCGAACGCAACCCCGGGAUGGAGCGCCACGAUGGUGAAGUGGCUGACGGAAGGCAUUGGGAGUCUCGAUAUCCCGGCCGGGUACACGCCGCCCAACGUGACGAGGGGGGCGCCGGGCCUACCGGACGAGGGCGAGGACUGCUUGUUCCUGGAUAUGUUGGUGCCGAGGAGGGUGUUUGAUGAGAAUAUGAAGAUGAAGGGGGCGCCGGUCGUUGUCUGGAUCCACGGCGGUGGGUAUACCAUGGGCUACAAGACGCAAUAUGGUAGCGGUGUUGGCCUCCUGAACGCCAGUCAGCGAGAUGAGAAGGAAGGAGUGAUAUACGUCGCGAUCAACUACCGUCUCGGGGCCUUUGGCUUCCUCUCCAGCAAAACGUUUGAACGCGACCAGGGCACCCCCAACGUUGGGCUCCUCGACCAACGCUUCGCCCUGCAGUGGGUCCAGAACAACAUCGCCAAGUUUGGCGGCGAUCCGGGUCGCGUGACCGUGAUGGGAGAAUCCGCCGGCGGGGGCAGCAUCAUGCAUCAGAUUACGGCCUACGGGGGAAAAGGCCCCGAAGCAAAGGCGCCCUUCCAGCAGGCGAUUGUGCAGAGUGGUGCCUUCCUGCCUGUCCCGGGCAUGGAACGCCAGGAGGCCAUCUACGCCAGGUUCCUGAGCCUCGCGGGCGUGCAAACCCUGGCCGAGGCGCGCCAGCUGCCCACGGCGGACUUGCAGUUUGUGAAUCUGAUGAUGCUCGGGGAGGCGAAGUACGGGGAUUUUGUAUUCAAUCCCGUGGUAGACGGCACGUUCGCGCCCCAGCUCCCCGGCAAGGCGCUGCUCGACGGCAGCUUCGACAAGUCGCUGCACCUCAUGACGGGCCACAACCUGGAAGAAGGGCUGAUCUUCACCUCGCCCUUUGUCUUCACGCCCGAGACGUUUUCGCAGAACGUCGUGGACGUCUCGUUCCCGGACGCGGACCGCACCAACGCCUCGGACUACAUCCUCAACACGCUCUACCCGGACGUCCUGGACGGGAGCCUCGGCUACACGAACCCCGUGUCGCGCGGGGCCGCCAUCGUCUCGGAGGCCCUCUUCUCGUGCAACGCGCAGUACCUCAGCAAGGCCUUCUCCUCCCUGCAGAAGCCCGGGGGAGAGGCACCGGGACCGGGACCGGGAGAGGGGGGCCGGGUGUGGAGUUACCUAUUCAGCGUGCCGCCGGCACUGCACGGCGACGAUGUCAUGUACACGUUUUACGAAGGCCCUGCUGCGGCCGUCAAGAACGACACGUUGGCGGUGAUGAUGCAGCGCUACUUCAUGAACUUCGUUGCGGGCGGCGACCCGAACGGAGAGGGGCUGCCGGCCUUUGGGACGUACAGCAGCGAGGGCACGGCGGUGGAGGCGGGCGGGGUCGGCAUGCUGAUGGAGUUCGGGCUGAACCGGACGGAGAUGCGGGUCGAUAACCUGCCGGCGGAGAGGUGUGGGUGGUGGCAGCAGGCAUUGUACGUCUGA